CUCGGCAGCGCGCGCGCGCUCCCAGUCUCCGCCACCCACCAGCUCCGGCACCAGCAGCAGCGCCGCCGCCACCGCCCACCUUCUGCCGCCGCCGCCGCCACAGCCACCUUCUCCUCCUCUGUCCUCUUCUAUCCUCGCCUUCUGUCGAUCAUCAGGCUUUGAACCAGUAUGGCUGAACCCCGCCAGGAGUUUGACACAAUGGAAGAUCAUGCUGAGGGCUACACUCUGCUCCAAGACCAGGAAGGAGACAUGGACAAUGGCUUAAAAGAGUCUCCCCCACAGCCCCCCGCCGAUGACGGAUCGGAGGAACCAGGGUCCGAGACCUCUGAGGCUAAGAGCACUCCAACCGCUGAAGACGUGACUGCACCCCUAGUGGAAGAGAGAGCUUCCGACAAGCAGGCCGCUGCCCAGCCCCACGCGGAGAUCCCAGAAGGAACCACAGCUGAAGAAGCAGGCAUUGGAGACACCCCGAACCUGGAGGACCAAGCCGCUGGGCACGUGACUCAAGAGCCGGAGAAGAUCCAGAAUUUCCCAGAAAGUUUGCUUGGCAAGCCAGGGCGCCCUGAAGGCCAGGCUCCAGACUCAGGGAUCUCUGAUUGGAUCUGCCAACGGGUGCCUAGCGUGUCUGGGGCUCCCCUCCUGCCACAAGGCCUCAGAGAGGCUACGUGCCAACCUUCGGGGACAAGACCUGAGGAUGUAGAGAGAAGCCACCAGCCCUCUGAGCUGCUGCAGCAAGAGCCACCUCUGAAGGAGGGAUGGGGCAAAGACAGGCUGGGGAGUGAGGAGGAGGUGGAUGAAGAUCUUGACAUGGAUGAAUCAUCCCAGGAGUCCCCUCCCUCCCAGGCACCCCUGGACCCAGGCAGGGCAGCCCCUCAGCCUGUCUCCAGGGAAACCACCGGCAUGCCUGGGCUCCCAGGUGAGGUUGCCGUGCCACUUCCUGUUGACUUCCUCUCCAAAGUCUCCACAGAGACCCAGGCCUUGCAGCCCGAAGGGCCUGGCACAGGGCCCAUGGAGGAAGGGCACGAGGCUGCCCCAGAGUUCACAUUCCACGUUGAAAUCAAAGCCAGCAUGCCGAAGGAGCAGGAUUUGGAAGGGGCAGCGUUGGUGGGGGCCCUUGGAGAGGAGCAACAGGCCCAGGGCCCCUCUGUGGAAAAGGACACCCCAGAGGCUAGCCUUCUGGAGCCAUCCGAGAAGCAGCCCGCAGCUGGACUGCCGGGAAGGCCAGUCAGUCGGGUCCCUCAACUUAAAGCUCGAGUGGCCGGUGUCAGCAAAGACAGGACUGGAAGUGACGAGAAGAAAGCAAAGACAUCCACACCUUCCUGUGCUAAAACCCUGAGCAAUAGGCCCUGCCUUAGCCCCACACGCCCCAGUCCUGGUAGCUCAGACCCUUUGAUCAAACCCUCCAGCCCUGCCGUGUGCCCUGAGCCAGCCACCUCUCCUAAACACGUCUCUUCUGUCACACCCCGAAAUGGCAGUCCUGGAACAAAGCAGAUGAAACUCAAGGGGGCCGAUGGUAAAACUGGAACGAAGAUCACUACACCUCGGGGAGCAGCUCCUCCAGGCCAGAAGGGCACAUCCAACGCCACCAGGAUCCCGGCCAAGACCACGCCCAGCCCAAAGACCCCUCCAGGCUCAGCUUCCAAGCAAGAGCAGAGAAAACUACCCCCUGCAGGGGCAAAAUCUGAGAGAGGUGAACAACCAAAAUCCGGAGAACGCAGCGGCUACAGCAGCCCCGGCUCCCCUGGGACCCCUGGCAGUCGCUCCCGCACCCCAUCCCUACCGACGCCGCCCACCCGGGAGCCCAAGAAGGUGGCAGUGGUCCGCACUCCCCCCAAGUCGCCCUCUGCCAGUAAGAGCCGCCUGCAGACCGCCCCUGUGCCCAUGCCAGACCUGAAGAAUGUCAGGUCCAAGAUUGGCUCCACUGAGAACCUGAAGCACCAACCAGGAGGUGGCAAGGUGCAGAUAAUUAAUAAGAAGCUGGAUCUUAGCAACGUCCAGUCCAAGUGUGGCUCGAAGGACAAUAUCAAACACGUCCCGGGCGGCGGCAGUGUACAAAUUGUCUACAAGCCAGUGGACCUGAGCAAGGUGACCUCCAAGUGCGGCUCCUUAGGCAACAUCCAUCAUAAACCAGGAGGGGGCCAGGUGGAAGUAAAAUCUGAGAAGCUGGAUUUCAAGGACAGAGUGCAGUCGAAGAUUGGUUCCUUGGAUAAUAUCACCCACGUCCCUGGAGGAGGGAAUAAGAAGAUUGAAACCCACAAGCUGACCUUCCGGGAGAAUGCCAAAGCCAAGACAGACCAUGGAGCAGAAAUCGUGUACAAGUCACCUGUGGUGUCUGGGGACACAUCUCCACGGCACCUCAGCAAUGUGUCCUCCACGGGAAGCAUCAACAUGGUGGACUCCCCACAGCUUGCCACACUAGCCGAUGAAGUUUCCGCUUCUUUGGCCAAGCAGGGUUUGUGAUCAGGCCCCUGGGGCGGUCAAUAAUCGUGGAGAGAAGAGAGAGUGAGAGUGUGGAAAAAAAAAAAAAAGAAUGAUCUGGCCCCUCGCCCUCUGCCCUCCCCGCUGCUCCUCACAGACCGGCCGACCGGCUUGUCACCUAACCUGCUUUUGUGGCUCGGCUUUGGCUGGGGACUUCAAAAUCAGUGAUGGGAAUAAGAGUAAAUUUCAUCUUCCAAAUUGAUUCGUGGGCUAGUAAUAAAAUAUUUUUUAAGAAAAACAUGUAAAAACAUGGCCAAACCCAACAUUUCCUUGGGCAAUUGCUAUUGAUUUCCCACCCCCACCCCCACCCCCCUUUGAGUCUUAGAGGGUGAAGGAGGCUCUGAAGGUUGUUUCUGGGGAGUUUUAAGGGACUAGGGCAACUGAUUGCUGCAGCCCCACCCUAGGGGCAUCAGGGACAGCAGCAGCGACAAAAGAUUUGGAACUUGGUGUGUUUGUGGAGCUAUAGGCAGGCAGGCGAUGCUAACGUUUGUGGAUGUGAAGGGGGGCUGAGGCAGCAAAGGCUGAGAGAUGGGUGUCAGGGAGUCAGAGGAGAGAGGGGAGGAAGACAGGUUUCUGCCAAGUAGCUUUGGGAAGAACAGAUAGCCCCAGCCGCCUGGAGUAGCCUUAGAAGGCACAACUGCCUGUUUGCUAAGGCCCUGGGGAGUAUGUGCCCCUUCUGUAGGGCAGCCCAGGCUGGAAGGUGGUACCUUGUUGUUUGGUUCUCUGAAGGCUGACCUUGACAUCACAGGGCACUGGUUUAUUCCUCCCUCUCUGCAGGGUGGGAGUCCUGAGCUGAGGGGCUUCAUUCUCCUCUCACAGAAAACCCUGCUUUAUUGAGUUCUGAAGUUUGGAAUUGCAGCCAUGAUUUUGGCCACUUCACAGACCCAGGACUUUAGGGCUAACUAGUUCUUCAUAAGGACUUGUGCCUCUUUGGGGACAUCCGCCUGUUCUCAAGCUUGGUCCUCUGGCAUUUCUGCAGGGUGAGGGAUGGGGGAGGGGCGGACAGGCCUCCCACCCCUCCCACAGCCACUGCAGCCCCUCCACCUGUCCAUCACACCCACGCGUCUGCCGAGAGCCAGUCACUGCCGUUCUCUCAUUCCGUCUCACUGUCCUGAGUGCUUAGCCUCCCCGCCCCCAUCCUGGCCCUGGGUAGAUGUGGGUAGUACCUGCUCUACACUAAGAGCUGGACUCCUGGGAGGGCAAAGAUUUGAAGCUCAGUCUCUAGUCCUACGUUCCACAAAUCUAACCAGUGUGCCUGGAGAUGACCCUGGACACUUCUGUCUGCUUUUUUUGUUUUAAACUUUAAAUAGUGGUUGCCUCCUAGGUAGGCCUGGCCCUCUUCUCGUGUAGAGCUAGAGGCAAGUCAGGUGCCAAUGUGUCGGCACCAGUAAGAGCCGACAAGACUCCCAGGGCAGGGCCACAUUCCUCUCAUCCUUCUCUUCCACCCCAGCUUGUGAUUGCUAGCCUCCCAGAGCCCAGCCACCAGUAAGUCCCCGUGCACAUAAUCAGCCCUCCACACCCCAACUUGGGGAACAUACCCCCUGGGAAUGUUUUCCUCCAAUCCCCAUGGAAGCGGUGCUGCCUGCCCUACUGGAGCAGCCAGACAUCUUCAUAGAUACAGCCCUUCCCUCCCCGUCUACACCCUGUGCGUUGUAGUUGGAUUUGUCUGUUUGUCUGGGUUCACCAGUGACUAUGAUAGUGAAAAGAAAGGAAAAAAGAAAAAAAGAAAAAAAAAAAAAGGACGCAUGUAUCUUGUAAUAUUUGUCAAAGGGUUCUAGCUCACCACCAGGGAUGGAGGUCCUGGGUAUUUCUUGGCUGCACUGGGACUUGGCUCCAGGCCAGUGCGGUGCUUCCCUGCUAGGACAUCCUAUGUUUUCAAAGUUUUUCCUCUGCAACUGGGACCUCACAGACACUGGAUUGUGACAUUGGAGGUCUCUUAGCUGCCCAGGCCUGAAGCACAGGACCAGAGAGACUCCACCUGUCAGGGAGAGCUUCCUGCUGGCCUGUUUUGCAGAGUGAAGAUGGUCCUGCCUAAUCACAGCCUCACGUCCCACAGCAGCCCUGAAAGAUGGGCUGAUAACUACUGCAUCCCGAGAGACAAGGGCAUCAGUGUCAGCUGCGAGAGCUGUGGCCCACCACAGGGCUUGGGAUGAACUGCCCCACUGAGGAAGGGGACAUUUUAGGAGACUCCCUUGGUGUCCGAGGUGUCAGCCCACUGACCUUGCAUGAGCAUCUCCUACAGCUGCAGGGAAGAGGCCUCAGGAGAAGCAUAGGAGCCUCAGGCCCAAUUCUAUCACUUCUGGCUUGGAUACAGUUAAGGAGUUAAGGACAGACACUGUGAAUGGUAGAAGGAAGCAGCCAGCCUUUCCCAUUAAAGAACAGCCUAUGGAGAAGCUUCCAGCUGCUGAUGGGCCCAAUGGAGAAAAGGGAAGUGUGGCUUGAAGCAUUGCCCCUUUAUCAUGGCUACCUAUUCUGGUUUUUAUCUUACUUCCCAUUGUCCAUUCUGCAGUUCCUGUCUGUGAAUGGGGACACUGUCAUAUCUCUUGUAGGGAGAACAGCCCCAAAAUAAUUACUUGGAGUUAUCAGGUCAGUGCUGAUAGGCAGUUUACAAUGAGAGUCUGGCUUGUGACUUCAGUGAGGACAAUCCCCCAGGGGCGCAGCACCUGUCCUUUCUUCCCAUGCCUCCCUAGUCCAGUCUUACUUAGGGUGGGCUAGAUAGGGUAUACCAUAUGCCUGGUUCCUCCAAGCUCUUAAUUUACUUUAUCAAUAGUUCCAUUUAAAUUGACUACAAUGAUAAGACUGUAUCCUGUUUGAGAUUGCUUUGUGCUAUGGGGGGAGGGGGGAGGAGGAACAUGUUAAGAUAUUUCACAAAGGCAAACAGAAGCCUUGGAGUGUAGCCAUCUGUAACCUUCAUGAUUAUGACCACUUGCUAGAGAGAAGUGCCAUGGCUUUAGCCUGGAGGCUUGUGACAGGCUUUCCCAAGGCAGAGACAGCCAGCUAGUUCCCUGCCUUCCCAGCCAGGUGUAGCUCCCAGGUUUGUGUAGGAAUCUAUGAACUACUCUUGUCUGCUGCCUUCUUUUGGUGUCCAGAGCCCACCAUCCUGCUUCCCUUCCCUCUAAGUCACUGGCACAUCAGUUAUCACUUCUGGACGGGCUUCAGAUCCACAGCCUACAACUACUAGCAGUAGCCAAGACCUCUUCCUUUAGUCUGUUCUCCAGUGAAGUAAGUGGGGCCCAGGGCAGAGGUGGUACCAACUAUAGGACUAUGGUUUUAUGAGCCUCCAAACUUCUCUCUGGCUUCUGGAAGGGUUACCUUGGGCAGUAUCUCAGUCUCACCCUCCUGAUGGAUUGUAGCCUGUGCAGUUACUGUGCUGGGCAUGAUCUCCAGUGCUUGCAAGUCCUAUGAUUUCUUUGGUGAUUUUGAGGGGGUGGGGGAGGGACAUGGAAUCAUUUUAGCUUAGCUUCCUGUCUGUGAAUGUCUAUGUAGUGUAUUGUGUUUUAACAAACGAUUUACACUGAUUGUUGCUGUAAAAGUGAAUUUGGAAAUAAAGUUAUUACUCUGAUU